AUGGCUUCCGACGUAGAGGGAAAAAUCUAUUUGAAAUAUUGGGUGGACACUAAAGAAGAACGUGUGGUUAUGGCGGAAUCAAGUGGGGACUUCAUAAACGUUCUCUUCAGUUUCCUUACCCUUCCAUUGGGAACUAUCAUCCGGCUUGGGAACAGAUUGGACCAACGUGUUGACCUCGGUUGCAUCAACCAUUUAUACGAGAGUAUUGAGAAGUUGGAAUCUGAUGUUUUCUGGAACAACAUCUGCAAGAAAAUGUUGCUGUCUCCGCGCAACCCGUUAGAAGGGUCUUGCCAGAGACUAAAAGUGAAGGUGGAUGAUACUGAACCCACAAAGUAUUACAUGUGUCACAAUUGUUUGAAAAAGGGAAGUAAUGAAUUGUUGCUGAGCUCAUUUAUUGAUGUAAAGUGCAAGUGCGGGACAUUGAUGAGAAAAGAAAUAGAUAUGGUGGAAGAGGCAGCUGGUGAUAAUGGUGUUUUUGUUAAAGGGGAUGCCAAGUUCUUGAUCUAUGAUGACUUGACAGUGCUCCGAAGCUCUCCAAGUGAAUCCAUUAAACCACCCCUCAAAUUUGGUUACACGGAAUUCAAAAAUAUGAAAGAAAAGUAUCUCGACAGGAACGAGAUACUUAUCAUACUAAAACAAGCAUUAACCUCCAAGUCUCCUCUUACUGAUGUAUUAGUGAAAAUGGGAGAACCCAAACCACAGAACUGUUUCUUACCAGAUAUGAGUUCAAGUGAUUCUAAAGAUUUUGUACAAAUAAAGGUAAUAGUGAGAAAAUCAAAUAACAGAAUUCUAUUUGUUGAAGCAGAUGGGGAUUUUGUCGAUUUUCUAGCCAGCAUCCUCACAACUCCUCUUGGAUCUAUUUUAAACCUUAGCGAGGACAUACUAUCCUUGGGAAGCAUCCGUAACUUGUACCAAAGUGUGAAGAAUCUUGAUUCGUCAUGGUUCAUAGAGUCAUCGAAGAAAUCCUUAUUGAAUCCAAAGGUUAAUCCUCAUUUUGGUUGUGUGAGAAAUCUACUAAAUGUAAGUCAAGAUGUUGUUUCCGAAUAUUGGUAUGGUCUUGGAGUAAUGAAAGAUGGCAAGGGGCAUGUCUUAUGGGAAAAGAAAAUGAUUUCAAAGAAACAAGAUAUGUUGCAAAAUCCAAAAGCUAUCAAACUUUUAGACCCAAGAUCUUCAGAUGGAGUAAGAAAACAUGAGGUUGGAUUUAUGAAGAGACCGUGUCUAUUUGUUAUGAGUGAUGAUCUAAAAGUGUUACCUAUGACAACCACUUCUAGUAUUCCAGGUCCAUUUAUGAAGGGUGUCCCAUUGGAUGAUUUGAAGGAACAUUUGGUGAAAAUGAGAAAGCCACAGGCACUAAACCUGUUGAGGGCUUCUUUGACAUCCAACAAAGAUGCUUUUACACGGAGCCUAUUCUUCCUAUUGAUGAAGUGGCAAUUCCAAAGAUUCAUUCCAUUUGGGAGGUGUGUUCAGUAA